AUGCCGAGCAUUACCGAUGUGCCAAUGAGAGAGAGGCAGCAGGUUCCUGCAAAGGCCCUGAACACCCCUACCCUCUCAUUGACAGUGACCCGUAAGCUCGCCCAGCUCCGCGUCCUCGGCUAUGCCCGUCCCGGCGACUACAUGUACGGUGUUGCUUUCGGCGCCUCAAUCCCCGCUACCAUGACCCUCAUGGAGCGCGUCUCUCCNACCGGUGUCUCCCGCAGCGUCUUUGCCAGCGUGAUGCGUCUUUCCGGUGGCAUCGGCCUCUUUGCCGGUUUCUACCUCUGCUACUCGAGAUCCAUCAAUUUGCUAACACGGCGUCAAAAACANGACCGCUUCUACGGCUUCACCGAGAACCGCCGCGAAAUCGACAUGGACAUGCGCGAAAUGGUCGACAAGGUCAAGCGCGGCGAGGAGCUCUACGGCAAGAGCCAGUUGACCGAGUACAUGCAAGGUGUCGCCUCGCGCCAGUCGCGCUACAGCGGAAUCUGGAUCCACAUGAUGCCCUGGUUCAACUUUGUCAACCACAAUCAGCACGGCGUCGACACGGCAAAGUACUACCAGCAGGCCGAGCGGGAACUCGAGGCUGAAAAGGCAUGA